UUGAAAACAUUUUUAAAUUUGACAUGUUUAAUGUUAGGAGAAGAUUUACAAAUAAUGUUUUUAAAACUUAAUAAAAAAAAAAAAUCUUAGAACACAUUUUAAGCUGGGCUGACUUAACCAAUGGUGUGAGUUUGAGGGCGGGACUAUCUGUUUAUCCGACCAAUGACAGGUUAGAUGAGUGUCUCGGAAACAUUUUUGAAUGUUUUGAAGUGUUUUUGGUACACCAGUGGCACAGAUAUUAUGCACAACACUUUUAGUCUGCAUUUUCAUGACCUGGUCUAUUUUUUAAACUGAACCUGAACUGAGACUUCUUUUGGUCAAAUGUUUUGAUUAUAAAGUGUGUUUGUGCAUCUUUUACUACAGUAAAUCACAUCUGAUUAAGUGACAUUCAGACAUAUUAUUAAUAGGGGGCAUUUUUUUUACACCAUGCAAUAUUUUUUCUAACAUUAGGGCACUGACGCACAAAACACACACACACACACACACACACACACACACACACACACACACACACACACACACACUCAACACUGAAACACUUCUUUGACCCUAAAUCUUGAACGCAUUUGUCCAGUGUGUUUGUGUGUGUGUGUGUGUCCAGACCUUCUAUCAGCAACUAAUGUGACCGGUCAGAAGAGGAAAACCAGGACACACAGCGGGAUUAACACACACACAUAGAGAGAGAGAGAGAGAGAGAGAGAGAGAGGGAGGAGAUCCGAGACGCUCAGUUCACCAGUAGAUGUAAGGAGAGACAGAUGUGCUUGUGUGAGAGAGACAGAUCGUAAACACAGACAAGAGAAAAUCACACAGACGGACGUAAGAAAGAAGAACAGAGGCACACGGAAGAGUCUGAUCUCACACAGGAAUAUAGGAGAAACAGAACGAGUGAAUGAGAGAGAGAUGAAGAGAUGAAGAACAGUCCGUUCACCUACAAAACACUCUGUGAUGAAGUCAGGUAAACGACGAAUUUGGAGACUAAAAAGUGAUACUGGACACUGGACUGUCGUAAAAAAAUGGAUUUCUGACCAAUGUGAUUAUUUCUAAUGCUGUGGAAUACAAUUUCCCAAAACACACAGUGGAAUAAUUAUCUUUGUUUUAGAUAGUAUGCUUACAAAUAAAGGCCACACCUCCUACAGUUCCUCCUCAGGGGGCUGAGCCAAUCAGCAGAGGUCAUGGGCCGUAGGGCAGCUGACACAUCCAAUGCAGUGCCGGCGCUAGAAGUACCUCUAGCUGGUGGGCAGGCCGUCCUGUCUCAAAAAUGGGGCCCUUUGUGCAGUGUUGGCGUCCAAACGUCGCCGGGCCUUCGCUCACUUCCGUCAUUGAAGAAGAAGACUCAAACGGUCAGUACGACCAACGGACCAACUGCCGAAACCAUGUCGCUGGAUCGGCCGAGGCGUUUUGAAGUUAACGGAAGUCACGUUGUCAAGGCUGUGUCCAGAAACCAUGUGGCACAAGACAGGACAUCCCAGGAGAGUGAGGUGUACUAUCAAAUUAAAGCCAAUCCAAACCAAUUCAGGUCAAGGGGGAGUUUAAAAAGAACCCCUCGAUAUGUUAACGGAAGUAUUGUUGCAUCUGAGGUGGUGGGUGGAGUUUGCCGCGAAGGGGCUGAAUCUGAGGAAGCGAGACGGCAGAGUCAAACAGUGACACAUGAAUGUAAGCGAGGUCAGUUGCUGAAAGGUGAGGCAUCCAGGCCAAUCACUGACUCAUACACCACGCCCCCUCGCCCAUGUCGCAUGAUGACGUCAUCACCCAGACUGUGCACCAGCUGUGGGCGAAGGCAGUCUCAAGCCCCACCCUGCAUAUCACCUGCUUGUCAGAAACGAGCAGCCAGUCAUGUUCAAGCGACCGUGAUGCUUCCGCCGCUGCUGAGGAAAGGCUGUUCGCCUUGCUUGCAGAAACAAAACUCCACGAUUGUACAGCCAACAUACACGCAAAUUCCCAAUCACACAAUGCAAAAUGCAUGCUCCACCCCCUCACAGUCCAACAAAAAGGAUCCAAGAACAGAAGCAUUUACGCAGUCUGAAAAGGCCAAAAACGACUUGACAAUGCAACACACGCAAGCACGAGUCAAAACAGAAUCAGUCACACAACACACAUCGCAAGACGCGAAGAACAAGUGUACGACCACACAAAAGCACAAAUCCGCCACGUCUAAACCGAUUAGCAGUGAGUCCCAAGCCACACCCACUCUUCCACCAAAGCAAGACUUGAAACCAACACAAGUCAAAUGUAAACCAGCACCUCCAGAGCUUCUGAUUGGCUCAGGGGCGGGGCCUAAACCACAACCCCCGCCCACCCCUCCACCAGAACCUAAAACUGAAAGAGAAACAGACUCUAAAGACACUCAUCCACCUCCAACAGAUGAUAUCCCACAAUCCAACGGUGCACCCGGCGUUCUGCAUGGACUGCUGCAGAAUGUAGAAGAAAAACUGCUGUAUAAUCAGGAAAAGAUCAAAGUCCUUCUCAAUGUCAUUCAGGACCUGGAGAGGAACAAAGCAAUGAGUGAAGGGCGUUGUUCUUACAGAACAGGUCAGGACAUCAAUAACUGCUCAACCUGCCAGAAAACAGCCUGCAUCAUAUACAGUGUGGAGCACGACUUCCGGGUGCAGGAGGGACACUUUCAUAGCAUUCUGGAAGCCUUGGAGGAAGCAGAGUACGAUGUUCCCGCCCCCGUCCCAAAGCCCGCCCACAUACAACCUCGAGCCAAGAGCCGCGUCAAGAAACUGCGAAAGAAGUGUUUCUGGUGGCUGUAGAGAACCAUCAGCAUGGAGAUCUACCGCGGUUUAGAUUGUAUAAGUACUUUCAUUGGCAUUCAUGGAAAAUGCCACCAGCAUCACCGCUGUCACAGAGAAUGUCGGAAAAUAAAACUGUUGGACCAUGAGCUCCAUAAUACAGUCCAGCAUAGAGGAUUUGUUAAAACGUUGCUCCUACUGAACGGAUUAUGCUUUAAAAUAACUGUAACAUUGUGACGGAA